AUGUCGGCGGCUGUGCACUACAAGUUCCGCUCUGCGAAACACUUUGGUCGGGUGCAGUUUGAGGGGGACUUUAUUCAGCUCGCAGAGCUAAAAGUAGCCAUUGUGGAGCAAGAAAAACUGCAGUUUGGCGAGGACUUUGACUUACAAGUAGUUGACGCACAAACCCAGGAAGAGUACUACGACGAAGAAACCUUGAUACCGAAGAACACUUCGGUUAUCGUGAAACGAGUGCCUGCUGGCCAGAAGCAGGGCAUAUUGAGUCAGAUCGCACUCGCAAGGAAAAAUGAGCGCUUCGCUGAGAUUCUCGACCGCUCAACCGGCGGCACGGGUGCCACAGCGGGCGCUAUUGCUGCAGCUGCACGGCAGGUGCUUGCUGGCAACCUGGGACCCAGCACAACCGCGAACACAGGCAUGACGGGCAGUGAACCUGUCCGGCUCCGUCGAGGUGACGAAGACACGCGCCUUGCCUCCGUGGCCCUCGCAGCUGGCGCAGGAGACUCGGGCCCGAAUCCACGAAACAUCCAGCGUCCAGGCGGCCGCGUAACGGCCUCGGGAGCGAUGGAUGGGCCACCGCCGGGUGCGCAGCCACCGCCAGGUUAUAUCUGUCACCGCUGCGGAGAGCCAGGCCAUUAUAUCCAACACUGCACGGCAAACCUGGAAGGCGAUGUGAAUAUCAUUCGUGUGAAGCGACCAACUGGCAUUCCGCGGAGCAUGCUAAAAACGAUUGAUGCACCUGUAGAUGGAGGGACCGAGCUUCAGCUUCCAGGUGGUAAAUUCGUGACCCUAGCCACAGACGAUCGUGAGUUCAGCAAAGAACCCCUGGCGGUGCGAAUGGCGCGCCUUGCGGAAGCACGAGCGGGGGCACGCGAGGACAAUACCAUCGCUUCCGACGUUACGACGAUACAAGGAUCCGAGACGAAGCAACCAGUGCCCAUGGAUAAAAAGGAAUCGGAAACAACUCGUCGCCAAGUUGCUGCUUCCGAUGCGCCAUCGGAGAGCGCGGCGUCAUCGCCGCGAGGCUCCACGCCAACAGACUCGGUGGAAAACGCUCAGCUGUUACCAGCAGAUAUACGCCCCGAUUUACCCUACUUCCCGUUACCAGGAAUGGAUCAGAAGGAACAUUUCUUUGGGACAGGCGAACUGCCCACCGCGCGUGAGUUCCAGGAAGUAAUCUGGGGUAUUAUUUUGAUGAAUAGGGAUCAGCAUCCAGAACUUGGGCAUGACAUGGAGACGGGAACUCAACGCGAUGUGACGCGGGAUUCGGCGGCAGCGCUCCAGCCUGAGCCCAGAUCCAUGGAAAGCGCUGAAGCGCCGAGCACGACAAAUGAGCGUGCUGUAUCAGCACAGCCGCGGCCGCGGAUGACUGCUUCUGCAGAAGGAGAAAGCUACCAGGAGCGCCGGCCGCAGGCGCACGAACGAAAGACACCCACGCAUGUGCAGGAUGUAUCCAAGCGUUCUCCAACAUCUGAAGCACAAAACGUACCCGAACGAGGCGACAGAGAUCCCGACAAAUCAGCGCCUCGAAGUGGAAGCGUCGCCAAUGCGCGUCCGAUACCCUCCAGCUUCAAAUCCACAGAGACCGCGAAUCAUCAUCUAGACGCAGAAAGGCCAAGACCAGGGCGUCGAUCGUCGGCGCUCCAGGUGACGUCGAUGGAACCCUCAGGUGCACCAUUUGGCGAAAUCGAGUACUCGCGUGUGUCGACCAAGAAUCAGCGCUUGCUACCGCCGGAUCGGAAGGCUACUGAAAGCGCUCAAGCAACAGCCCCGAACUACGGAAAUUCAUUGCCGAGGAAACAAGCUGCCUUUGCCCGCAGUGGAAAGAUGACUGGGAAUACCACGAGACCGGGGCUGCCUCUUGCGCCGCUCCAAACGCAGCAGCAGCAGCAGCACCAGCAGCAGCAGCAGCACCAGCAGCGACAGACGCAUGUGCAACGCUUUCAGGCUGCAAACCAACACGGCAACGAGGCAGCGAGCGUGGAUAAACAGCACCCCUUGGACAGAGGUCAGCAUGCCAUGCAGAGAACGGAGCCUGCGCGAGAACGUCGACAACCUACUGUUGCAGCCGCCGACAGGAAUGCGGUAUCGCGAGGCGUUCCGACUUCGAGGGCGACCUCUUCUGGUGUCACAGCAACGGGCUCUACCGCGCCCGUUCGUACCAAAAUGCCGCCACGAAUGCCGCAUCAGAGACCAGAUGAGGAUACGCUGGGUCACAGGCAUCAUGCAGCGUCGGACACGGAGCAAAAACCUGCCCAGUUGAACGCAAACCUCUCUCAGCCGCAACCGCUGAGCGUGUCGCGUGCUCGAGAGCGAUCAGGUCUGGGAAAAAGCGCUCGGCACUCGCCGGCACCCGUGGCACCUGCUCUGCAUGGAACAACCCGAAAGCACCCGCGGGCUAGCGACUCGUCACCAGGAACCGAGACGCGCGACUCAAGACCGAUUCCAGUUUUUGCUCGUCUGGGCACGAGAGCAGAAGCUGCAGCGUCUACGCGCGCCCCAGCCUCUGUGCCCCAGCGGAGCACUACCGGGAGCAUCGGGUCCGCGGAACGGAGGACGGUGCCGCCAGCGCAUCCGCCUCCUGCAGACGCGUCGCAGCUCAAAGGCAAAAACUCCUCCCCGAUGAAUCAACAAGGCGAAUAUCUACACCGAGCGAGUGUACGCGCACCACCAAAGGUUCCGGAAAAGCGUCCGGCAGCGACAGCAGCUGUUGGCGACGACAAGCGCUCCCGGAACACGCCGAGCUCAGCCGAGCGGGCCGCCGCUAACGUCUUUGAACGAUUAGGACCAGCGAUACCGGUGCCUCCUCGUCUUGCUGGGCGUAUUUCGAGCGGAAAAGUCAGCGACGGUGAACGCGGAGCGAACGCCUCUACCGGUGCAUCUGGUGUGGUCGCCAACGACGCCUCGAAAACGAAAACGAACCUACGGGCAGUGCACGCGAAGCAGAGCGUCCCUAUGACACAGCAAAAAACACCCGUGCCGACAUAUUCCUCGAGUGAAACAGGUUCAAGUCGUGCCCGGAACAGGGCUGCAAACUUGCCGUGGUAA